AUGGCCACCCAGAUCCCCACCAAAUUCGACAUCAACACCACGUACCGGAUGAACUCCGGCUACGAGAUUCCUGCUCUGGGCUAUGGUGUUUACCAGACUCCUGCGGCGACGUGCGAAGAGGUGACACUGCAUGCCUUUCGCGUUGGUUACCGCCAUGUGGAUUCCGCACGCGCGUACCGCAACGAGCAACCCUGUGCGGAUGCGAUUCGCGGUUCUGGGCUGAAGCGAGAAGAAAUCUUCUUCACCAGCAAAGUCCCACCGAAGAGUAUGGGCUACGAGGCGGCAAAGAAGUCGAUUGAGUCAUCCUUUUUUCAGACCAACCUCGACUAUAUUGACCUGUACCUCAUCCACUCUCCGUACGGUGGCAAAGAAGCCCGGUGCGGGGCAUGGAAAGCGCUCGCCGAAGCUCAGAAAGCUGGGAAGAUUCGGUCCAUUGGCGUCUCCAACUAUGGUGUACAUCAUCUGGACGAGUUGGAAGAGUACAUCAAGACCUCUGGAGUUGGCGGCACCAUCGACGUUGGUCAAUGGGAAAUCCAUCCGUGGCUUCCGCGCGACGACAUUGUGGAAUGGUGUCGCAAGCGGAACGUCGUCAUCGAGGCAUACUGUCCCGUCGUCCGCGGCGAGCGUGCCAACGAGCCAGUUCUGAAACAACUUAGCGAGAAACAUGGCAAGACCUGGGCGCAGAUAUUGCUACGAUGGAGCUUACAAAAGGGCUAUGUACCAUUGCCGAAGAGUGUCACUCCCAGCAGAAUCGAGGAGAACGCCGCUAUUUACGACUUUGAGCUUGAUGAAGAAGAUAUGAAGAGCCUUCAUUUUCCCGACUCCUAUGCUCCUUGCGCCUGGGAUCCAACCACCAGCCACGACUAG